AUGCAGUUAGGGGAGCAGCUCUUGGUGAGCUCGGUGAACCUGCCCGGCGCGCACUUCUACCCGCUGGAGAGCGCGCGGGGCGGCGGGGGCGGGCCCGCCGGCCACCUCCCCGGCGCGACCCCCUCGCCCCAGAGGCUGGACUUAGACAAAGCGCCGAAGAAGUUCUCGGGCAGCCUCUCGUGCGAGGCAGGGAGCGGGGAAGCCGCGGCCGCCAGCGCGGGGGCCCCCGCGGUCAUGCUCAGUGACGCCGACGCCGGGGACGCCUUCGCCAGCACCGCGGCCGUGGCCAAGCCCGGGCCCCCGGACGGCCGCAAGGGCUCCCCCUGCGGGGAAGAGGAGCUCCCCUCAGCCGCCACUGCAGCAGCCACCGCCGCGGCCGCCGCCACCGCGCGCUACUCCAUGGACAGCCUGAGCUCGGAGCGCUACUACCUCCAGUCCCCCGGGCCGCAGGGCUCCGAGCUGGCCGCGCCCUGCUCGCUCUUUCCGUACCAGGCGGCAGCCGGGGCGCCCCACGGACCUGUGUACCCGGCUCCCAACGGGGCGCGCUACCCCUAUGGCUCCAUGCUGCCCUCCGGCGGCUUCCCCGCCACCGUGUGCCCACCCGGGAGGGCGCAGUUCGGCCCGGGAGCCGGCGCCGGCGGCGGCGCGGGCGCGGGCGGCGGCGGGGGAGGCGGCCCGGGAGCCUAUCAGUACAGCCAGGGGGCUCCGCUCUACGGGCCGUACCCCGGGGCAGCAGCCGCGGGUUCGUGCGGAGGAUGGGGGAGCUUGGAGGUUUCUGGCUCCAGUUUACGUGCUCACGUCUACCUAUGCAACCGGCCCCUGUGGCUCAAAUUCCACCGCCACCAGACCGAGAUGAUCAUUACGAAACAGGGCAGGCGCAUGUUUCCUUUCUUGAGCUUCAACAUAAACGGACUCAACCCUGCCGCCCACUACAACGUGUUCGUGGAGGUGGUGCUGGCCGACCCCAACCACUGGCGCUUCCAGGGGGGCAAGUGGGUGACCUGCGGCAAAGCCGACAAUAACAUGCAGGGCAACAAAAUGUACGUCCACCCAGAAUCUCCUAAUACUGGUUCCCACUGGAUGAGACAGGAGAUUUCCUUUGGGAAGUUAAAACUCACCAAUAACAAAGGCGCCAAUAACAACAACACUCAGAUGAUAGUCCUCCAGUCUUUACACAAGUACCAACCACGACUGCACAUUGUGGAAGUUACAGAGGAUGGCGUGGAGGACUUGAACGAGCCCUCAAAGACUCAGACCUUUACCUUCUCAGAAACGCAGUUCAUUGCCGUGACGGCCUACCAAAACACCGAUAUAACGCAGCUAAAGAUUGAUCACAACCCCUUUGCCAAGGGCUUCAGGGACAACUACGAUUCCAUGUACACCGCUUCAGAAAAUGACAGGUUAACUCCAUCUCCCACGGAUUCUCCUAGAUCCCAUCAGAUUGUCCCCGGAGGUCGGUAUGGCGUUCAGUCCUUCUUCCCGGAGCCCUUUGUCAACACUUUACCUCAAGCCCGAUAUUAUAACGGCGAGAGAACCGUGCCACAGACCAACGGCCUCCUUUCACCCCAACAGAACGAAGAGGUGGCCAACCCGCCCCAGCGGUGGCUUGUCACGCCUGUCCAGCAACCUGGGACCAACAAACUAGACAUCGGUUCCUAUGAGUCUGAAUAUCCGUCCAGCACCUUGCUCCCCUAUGGCAUUAAAUCCUUGCCCCUCCAGACAUCCCAUGCCCUGGGCUAUUACCCUGACCCAGCCUUCCCUGCCAUGGCAGGGUGGGGAGGUCGAGGUUCCUAUCAGAGGAAGAUGGCCGCUGGGCUCCCAUGGACCUCCAGAACCAGCCCCCCGGUGUUCUCUGAAGAUCCACUCUCCAAGGAGAAAGUCAAAGAAGAAAUGAGCUCUUCUUGGAUAGAGACUCCCCCUUCCAUCAAGUCUCUGGAUUCCAACGAUUCGGGGGUGUACACCAGCGCUUGUAAGCGAAGGCGGCUGUCUCCCAGCUCCUCUAGCAACGAAAAUUCUCCCUCCAUAAAGUGUGAGGACAUGAACGCCGAAGAGUACAGCAAAGACACCUCAAAAGGCAUGGGGGGAUAUUAUGCUUUUUACACAACUCCCUAA